CCGCAACCCCGGACCCUCCCGCACCCCCGCGACGGCCCACAAUCCGAAUAUAGAGCUUAAGACCGUCAUGGCAUAGUCGACAUUUAAUAGUCAGGGAGAGCUGACGAAUCUCUAUACAAGCAGGUUCAGGAAAGGGGCUCUUUUCGCGGCUAUGAAAAGAUGAAAAGACCGGCGUUUGGUCGAAAUAUCAUUUAUCAACGACCACAACUCGGUUGAUAUCUUUUCUCAGAUCCCAACAGGGUCUUGCUAUCUAUCUUCUUCUUACUCAAGUUAUUCUGUCCUUUGCGAGAAAAAAAACAAGUUAACUCCAUUCGUUACCUACCUAGUACCUACUAUCCACAAUGCCUGCACUCAAGAGCCUCCUUCUCAUCGGCCUUCCCAUGGCCCUCGCUGCUUCACCCGCUGUCAUGAGGCGCGGACCCACAUCCAACUUCAGCCUCUAUGCCUACGGUGAUGGCAUCGGUGGCGCACAAGUCUUCACCACCGGUGAUGGCGCCUUUGUCGGUUCGGCAUCUUCUUCAAACAGUACCGAAGCUGCUCCAGUUUUGUUCGACGUCGGUACGGAUAACGCUCUGUUGGGUAGCCCGAACGCCACUGAAACCACUCCCUCCUGGUCAAACCUCACCUUCAAUGUUCCGGACACUACUUCCAGCGGUCACCAGGUCUCUUUCAGCAACUCUACGACUAAUAGCACCACCGGCAGAUCUGCUUCAGGUUUCGUAUUCUAUGGUCAGUACUUAUUCCACCAGAACACCGGUGGAAAUCUCCAGUCGAUGUGGUACGCCCUUCCUUCCGAUCAGGACGGUGUCUGGACCUUGAACUGGAACUCAACUGGCGACGACACCGACGGUCAGGUGAUCGUUACCUUGAGGGCCGUAGCCCCAUCGACGGAUGCCUCUUCAGACACGACUUCGUAAGCAGAGCAUGGAUUAGCAACCCGCCACGAUCAUUUAAGGAGUUGAUAGUCUAUCCCGUGGGUUGGGUUACUGCCUCCCAUGAAUCACUCGUUGACACAACAAAUUCACACCGAGGCACUCUUUUUGAAUCUAGAAUUUGAAAACAUUUCAAUAGAUACCUAACUUUAUCUUCUAUAACAAAUUCACUCGCUUUGCAAAUAAGUCAUGAGAUUUGAACUUUCUUUAUGCUCCUUUCAACCUCCCGUAUGGACCUAUCUGAUAGGUAGGUGCCUGCCUACCUGGGUACCUAUGCAGGUAGUUUAGUAAUUGAUAUUAUAUUCGGC